CAGGAUCUAUGCCGCCACCAGCAGGAGCUGCUCAAGGCACGGGGUCACUAGAUUUCGCGCGAGAAAAAAUUCGUGGAGCAAAGACAAGAAGAAAGAGUUUCGUAGAUGGUCUCUAGCGUCGUGCCGAGGAGCAAGCUGAUCGAAAGUAUUCGGUCGUGCAAGGAGGGCGUGGAAGCCAAGAAGCUCCACGACCAGGUUCUCGCCAGUGGCUUCUCCCAGGUUCGCUUCUUUGGGAACCUCUUGAUUCACAUGUACGGCAGGCUGGGAGAACUCGUCCAGGCACGUUCGAUCUUCGACAGCAUCCGUGAUCCCUGUGUCUACUCUUGGGGGAGUAUAACUUCGGCUUACAUUUCCAAUGGCCAGCUCCAGGAGGCCAGGAAGAUCUUCGCCAGAGCACCGCUCAAGAACUUGGUCAGCUGGACGAGCAUGGUCCAGGGGAAUGCCAGGCACGGAGACAUGGAGGAGGCCAAGAGGCUGUUCGAGAGGAUGCCCGAGUGGGAUAUCGUGCUGUGGGGGGUGAUGUUGGCGGGGUAUGCCCAGAGGGGGUAUAUGGACCAGGCGGAGUUUUUCUUCGAAGAGAUGCCGGAGAGGAACUCGGUGGCUUGGAACAUCAUGGUGGCUGGCUACGCGCAGAAUGAUCUCCUGGAGAAGGCCAAGGCUCUCUUCGAUCGGAUGCCCGAGUGGGACGUUGUCUCGUGCUCGACGAUACUCCAGGUGUUUGCCGAGAAUGGCCAGUUUGUGGAGGCCAAGAGGACGUUUGAUAGCUCACCCGAGAGGAACGUUUUCUCCUGGACGGAGAUGCUGGGGGCUCUCGCAAACCAGGGGAAAGUUGACGAGGCCCAGGAGGUUUUCCACCGGAUGCCGCAGUGGAACGUUGUGACGCUCAACUCGAUGCUGGCAGCGAAUGCGCAGAAUGGGUAUCUGGAUCAGGCCAAGGCAGUGUUCGAUCGGAUGCAAGAGAGGACAGCCGUCUCGUGGAACUCGAUGAUCACGGCCUACGGUCAGAACGGCUGCAUCGACAUGGCUCGAGAGACUUUCGACAAUCUCCCAGGCAGGAACGACGCGUCGUGGUCAGGCUUGAUCGCGGCUUUCGCGCAGAACGGGCUUCUGGACGAAGCCAACCGGGUUUUCGAGAGGAUGCCGCAGUGGACUUCCAUCGCCUGGAACGCGAUCGCGGCAGGGACUGCGCAAAACGGCAGGGUGGAAGCGGCGAUGGAUCUCUUUGGCAAGAUGGCCGGGAAGAACUCGGUGUCGUGGAACUCGAUGAUCGCGGGAAACACUCACAAUGGGCAGCUCGAGCAGGCAAAGUCGAUGUUUGACAAGAUGCCGCAGCGAACGAUGCUCUCGUGGAACUCCAUGGUGGCGGGGUUUGCUCACUUUGGACAGGGACGAGAGGCGCUAGAGCUCUUCCACGCCAUGGCUUUGGAAGGGAUCAAACAGGACGAGAUCGCCUUCGUUAACGUUCUCGUCGCGUGUAGCCGGAUUGGGUGUGUGGAUCGAGGGUGGCAGUACUUCGAGUCGAUCACCCGCGACCACGGGUUGAAUCUCACGGCCGAUCACUGCGGUUGCAUGGUGGACGUGCUUGCGAGGGCCGGGAAGCUGGAGGAUGCCGAGGAGAUGCUGGGCAAGAUGCCGCGGACGAGGAGCGAGGGGGCGUGGGGGAGCUUGCUGGGGGCUUGUCGGACGCACUGGGAUCUAAGCACUGCGUCGCGGGCAGCGCAGGAGUUUGCGUGGUUGAAACCCGAGAGAGCUUUCUCGUAUAUCAUGCUCGCAAAUGUUUGCUCUUCGGAAUCAAAAGGUGGCAGAGGUUUCGCUUAAUGUACUAUUAUCUUAGCACGGCUUGAUUGAAUGAUCACAAAAGUAUUUCUAGGAUCAUGACUUUGAAUAAAGCUUUUUGACUUUAUGAUUUCUGUGUGACUUAUUUCUUUCCACUUAGUAAAGUUUCAAAGCCUUUUACCAUUGUAAAUAUAAACUUUAUUUAAAUUA